AUGGCGAACGACAAGGUGCCUGAUGCGCCCUCGGGCCAGGAGCCCACGAUCCACGGCAGCACCAUGGGAGCCGCAGCCCCUCACAUCGCCUCGGAGAAGGCCAACAACUUGGACGACGAGCCCGCGUUUCUUGAGGCUUCCCAAACCAACAACUCGGAAGCUCUCAAGGAGGCCCAGAGGGUCAACGCUAUCGAGGCCCUCGGCAUCCCGGACUGGCAGGCCAAAGAGAAGAAGAUUGUUCGAACCCUGGACAUGACGCUGCUCCCUCAGCUGUGGAUCCUGUACAUGUUCAACUAUCUGAACCGUACGAACAUCGCGUAA